CGAUUAUAUCCUACAAAACAUCGCCUCGCCGGGCGACAUGACUGAGGAUAACGUUGUCAAACCGCUAUCCGAACUUCAGCCCGCUGGUGGUCAUGAAUUCUCCUCGUUGACGCCACCGACCUCAAGCGCCGGAUCACCGGAUUCGUGCCCCACUCCCAGGGCCGACGUCGUCUCCGUCUCGACCACCUUCUUUCCUGGCUCAACCAUCGAGCCCACGCAGCCAGACAGCAUUAUCGUCUCUGCAGACUCCGUAUUUUUCUAUGGUCAUUCCCAUGUCCUCGCUAAAUCCACCAAUCGCUUUGACUCACUCCUACCCGACUCACCGGCGGAAGGGGUGGCCAUGGAGCACCUACCCAUCCUUUCUCUGCCGGAGCCCUCGGAGGUCGUCAACGUCCUCCUACAUGCUAUUUACAACAUGCCGUGUGCACAUUACUCGCCCUCGUUUGAGACCGUAUCAGCCGUUGUGGACAUCCUCCCAAAAUACGGACUCGACGUCAAAACUCUCUGUGCCUCCGGCUUCUCUCUCUUUAAUCUCCUCGUCACGUACGCACCCAUCAGGCCGAUGGACGUGUACUGCCUCGCCGGCUAUCACGAUCUACUAGACUUGGCUAUUGCUACCUCUCCGUACCUCCUUUCCUUCCCUUUACCUACCAUUACCGAUGAAAUGGCGGAGAAGAUGGGUGCACGAUAUCUGAAGCGGCUGUUCUUCAUGCAUCUCGGACGUGCAGAUGCACUGAAGCGGCUGCUCCUCCAGCCCCCUGUAGCGCAUGUGCCCAGUCCCAUCUGCGAUAUCGCGGACCAGAGAAGAUUGACACGUGCGUGGGCACUGGCAAGCGCGUAUAUCGCAUGGGAUGCUCGGCCAAAUCUUACAGGUGCCGAGAUACAGACGUCUUUGACACCGCUAGCGGAUGGUCUGGAAUGCGCGCAAUGCAAGCUUUCUCUGCGAGAACGCAUCUCAACGCUCAUUGCACAGUGGUCCGCGGUGAAGUCCACCAUAUAAUCCGACACCGCGAAUUCACCACUCGCUUCAAGUCUGUUUCAUCGAAAAUCCUCGCAGUAUCAUAGCGUCAAUCACGAGCACGCCGCAUUCCUUACCUUUGCAUAGGCCCAGACGGGCCUCGCCUCGUCUCUCAAA